CGGGGGGAGCCGGGUGGCACCAGGGCCCCGGUGCCGCCGCGGGGAUGAAACCGUGGCCCGGACGGGCGGCUCGGUCCCAGCGCUAAGCGGUGGCGGCCAUCCGUCCCCGACGCUGCUAGGGGUAGUGGCCGGCCCAGGGGAGCAUAAGGGCUCCGCCGCCGCAAGGGCUUGCGCUUUGGGCCGACCGCGGGCGCAGCGUUCGCAGGCGGGUUGCUCGGAGGAGCCGUGCCUGGCGGGAGGGGAGGGUUCUGCUCUCGGUCCUGUGAGAGGCGAAUCACGAGUUCCUGUGCCACCCGCGAGCGCUUCCGCAUUUCGGCGCGUCCGAGCUCGUCGCGUUGCGCCUGGCUCCCCAGGCGACCGGAGGGCUGUGAGCUGUCACGGGGGGCUCUGCAGGGAUUGGGGGCGACCGCAGAACAGACUGGCCCUCCAGCAGGCUCCCUGCCUGGCUGCGGCCAGGUGCUUGUUAACGGUGGGUCGGCCAGUUGCCUUCCGCCAGCGUCUGGAGCCUUGCUGAAAUCUGCGACGGGAGAAGCGGAGGGGAAUCUGUUGCACCACUGUGGUUGGCUGGCACGGUCAUUGAACGUUUCAUACCUGAUUUUAGCGUGAACCUGAUGUCAUCACCUUGCUGUACCUCUGCAAUGCUGGUAGUCUUUAUGGCCCUUGCUGCGAGCAUGGGGGCUGAAGAGACAAAAGAGAGGAGCUGCGAUGUGAUCGGUGAUGAGAACAGCGAGUCGCAAAUGGAAAGAGCCCUGCUGAAGAAACUAGAACCCCUGAGCCAAAUGAGGUUUAACGUGACUGUGGAGAAAAGCAAAACAGAGAACUACAUCUACCAUUUCAGGGUGUGCAGGGAGGUCAACAGCACCUUGCAUGAUUUUGGUGGCCUGGUACAAACAGAUAGGUGGAAUAGGAGGACCACAGUGAUAGGAAGAAUCAAUGAAACCCAGGUCUUCAAUGGAAGUGACUGGAUCAUGCUGAUUUAUAAAGGAGGUGAUUCAUAUGGCAGCCACUGCAGUGGUGAGAAGAGAAGAGCUGUGAUAAUGAUUUCUUGCAAGCGGGGAGUUACGGCGAGUUCAUUCACCGUUAUUUCAGAAGAGCGGGAAAAGGAGCAGGAGUGUUUCUACCUCUUUGAGAUGGACAGCAGUGUGGCUUGUCCAACUGAAGAUUCCCACCUCAGUGUUGGCUCCAUUUUACUGAUCACGUUAGCUUCACUGAUUGCAAUCUACAUCAUUGGUGGGUUCCUCUACCAGCGACUUGUAGUGGGAGCAAAGGGCAUGGAGCAGUUUCCUCACUUUGCCUUCUGGCAAGAUCUGGGCAAUUUGGUAGCGGAUGGCUGUGACUUUGUCUGUCGAUCUAAGCCUCGAAACGCGCCAGCUGCAUACCGUGGUGUGGGUGAUGAUCAGCUGGGUGAGGAGUCGGAAGAACGGGAUGACCAUUUGCUACCAAUGUGAUAGGCUUUCAACACUGAGUUCUUUUCUCCCCAUCUCCAUGGCGCUUGUUUAGCCGGGUGCCUCCCAGCCAGUUCUCCUUCUCUCACUUCUGACUUUCUUUACGCUAUUUGCUUUCCCUGUCUUUGGUGUGUCAGUUCCCAUGGAUGCCUCUGGGUGAGAAAGCACUGGUCCCUGAAGGCAUGUCUUAGGAAUAUAAUGCUUAGGUUUUUAAAAAAUGCAGCAUAGCUGGGGUUGGGGGAGGAAAGUGCUGAGAGUUGAGUCGACGACAGCAAGAAAGCAAUAUGAGCAUUCAGCACUGAGCAGGAAUGGGAGAUAAAUCACUGAUGAAAAAAGUGCCAUGGAUGGGUGCAGAAAGGGGAGGCAGAAUGAGGCAGUGGGUUACAACAGCUGAGACUGUAGGAGGGAUCUUUUAUGUCUGCCCCCCCCAGGCUUUAGAGGAUCUGUAAACACUGGAAUUAUUUUUCUUUGAAUGCAUUUUCAGCUUUUCUAGCUUCUGCACUGUUACGCACUGUUUCUGCCAGCAUAGCCUGCACAGAGUGCUCUAUGCCAGACUCCAUGGAGGUGGAAGAGGCAUUAGGACCUCUGCAGUCUUUUCAUUUCCUAAUGGCAAUAUGCUGAAGAGUACACACUGGCUUCUUUCAACAGUAUAAAGGGACACGUGCCCUCCUCUCAGGCUGGAAAGGGGCAAUGCUAAAAACUACAGGAAUUAAAUACAGUCUCUUGACUCUCCAGUUGUGUCAAAAUAUUGUUUCAGUCUUCUCAAUCCUUGAGAAGCAAAAGCAAAUGACAUGCUGCUAAGUAAAGGGAAUACUUGCUGAAUCUGACAUCAAGGCAAAAUGUGACAGGUAGCUGUCACUUGAGUUCUGUUACAAGCUUCCUGAGGUGACUGCCCACACAGCUCAGUCACUGUCAGCCUUGUGAUUUCAUGCUCUCUGAAAGUUCCUUGUUUGGCAGAGGGUUUUCCCGUGAAGUUACCCAAAUUUAUUUUUAUAAAAAAGGAUCCACAGGAGCCAAGAAUGCUAACACAUUAAAAACUGUGCAAGGGACUCUCAUGCUUACAAGGUCAGCUUUCAUAUAGCACUGUCCUCUUAAGUGUGGUGCAGACCAGUCUUAAGAUACUUGGCCUGUGCAGACGGUACUGGCAUACUGCUGCUGGCUGGGAGUGAGACCGACCUUCUCCUGCGGCCCUGCUGAAAAGCAGGUACAGCUGAGUUGUAAGACUUAAUGGGAACCUUCAGGAACUUGGCACCUUGACUCCUAAUUGCUUUUUAUGAGAGGGGCUAGACUCUAGGCAAUCCCGUUCUGCCCUAUUGUAGGCUGGCAGAGAACCCUCAGUCAUGAGGGCAGAUUGCAAAUAAGCAAGCCACUACUGCUAAAGGUAGAGUACAGACAAGGUUCCUGUAUAUUUAAUACUACCAAAGCAGUCUGAACAGUGACAUUGAGGGGGAAAAGGGGUGGCCCUGCUUUCUUGCUGGGUUUAGAGUGGGUAAACAAUUCCUGCUUUCUUUGACUUUUGUCACGGUCUCAAUCUUUCUCAUAAUGUGGGAAAAAUAGGAAGUCGCUAAGUCUGUUACUGUUUUUCAUGGUGGUGUUUAAGAUAAUUUUUUUUAUAAAACACAACUUUCAAAAAUAAAAUUACCAAAAAACCUG